AUGGCAUGGACGGUGGACGAGAUCUUGCGGCUGGUCGGCGCGUGGGAAGAGAGCCUCAAGGCUCCUGCUCCUAGAACCGGCGGCGGGAAGGCGAAGAAGGGGAAGGAAAUGAGCGUCUCGGACCUGAACAAGCUCAUCUACCGGAAGUUCGGGGCGCUUUCUGGAGGCUCCUGCAACCGCAGCAUCCAGACAGUCGUGGCCAGGAAGGACCUGCUGGAGCACUCGUACGACUUCAUCCGGGAUUUCCUGGACAGCCAAAGGGAUCAGCACGGCGACGUGGACUGGUUCUCCCUGUCCACGAGUGAGCAACGGGCGCUGAUGAAGACGGCGGGGGGCACGCGCGUGGGGCCGAUGGAAAAGCGAGUGUUCUGGGCUAUUGACAAGUUCCUGCCUGAAGAGGACGAGGGCGAGGCGGAGUCCGUGAGCUCUGAGGCGACUGUGACCGACGGAUACACCAGCGACGGCGACCAGUACCAGGAGACGAUGGCUUUGAAGAAGAAGAAAAAGCCCGCGCCAACCAAGAAGACAUCAAAGAAGAAGGCCGCAACUACGCCUGGGGGCCCAGCGAAAGCGAGAAGCAGUAAAGUUCGCGGCAAAAGUGCGCUGGAGGAGGAGACUGGGGAACUGAAGGAAGAAGCGACGCCAAAGCGUCGACGAGUGACAUCGCCCAAGGCGUCUCCACCCUCCGUGAAGGAGCUUAUGGAAAAGCAGAGCAAAGGGCUGGUCGGCUUCUUGGAGAAACGUACCGAAGAGCGAGCGAAGGAGCAGGAGCGCAGCCGCAAGGAGCGAGAAGCUGACCAGAAGUUCUGGGCCGAGCAGACGGAGAAGGACCGCGCUCUGCUCCGAGAUCUCUUCACGCACGACUAG